AUGUCUGUGUCGAGUGUACCGACUACCAAAUCAGGUGGAGUCAUAGUUCUUGUUGGUCUGGGAGCCGAUAGAGUUGAAAUUCCAAUUAUCGAAUCGGCCACAAGAGAGGUUGAUAUACGAGGAAUCUUCAGAUAUGUUAAUUGUUACCCAACUGCCAUUGAACUUCUUAGCUCUGGAAAACUGGAUCUCUCGGGACUGAGUCGUGCCCAUUACAAACUUGAAGAGACCUUGGAAGCCUUUAAGAGAACUCAAAAAGCUGAUGUUAUCAAAGUCUUUAUUCAAUGUUAA